AAGAAAGAAAACGACAAAAUCAAAAUGUGAAAUUGUGAAUUGAAGAUCAACAACAACCUGGGAAAAGAAGAGGGUUGUGGCUUAUGCUUAUGGCCACCGCCACCACCAGAAUGCUAGCGAAGGAGAUGUUGCACCUCUCGUUUUCUCCGCUUCGCCUCCGCGCCCUCUCUCCUUCUCUCACCUUCUCACUUCAAUUUCCACGGUCGCGCCCUGCAAUCCGAUGCGCUUCCUCCGACUCCGACGCCGCCAACAAAGUAUCAUCCCGCCUAUCGCAGUUUCAGCAGCUUCUUCAGCAAGCCGAACACCGUGCUCUCUCCGCCGACCAAACUCCUCCUCCUAAAAUCACCUUAGAUCAUGUUACUGUGAGCUUUGCCAGAAGUGGAGGACCUGGAGGUCAGAAUGUCAAUAAAGUGAACACCAAGGUGGAUAUGCGCUUCAACGUUAAAAAUGCAUAUUGGUUAAGUGACAGAAUCAGGGAGAAGAUUUUGCAAUUGGAGAAAAAUCGUAUUAACAAGGAUGGGGAGCUUGUGAUUUCUUCAACCAAAACAAGGACGCAGAAGGGUAACAUCGAGGAUGCUUUGGCAAAGCUUCAGGAAAUCAUUGAUGCGGCAUCUUAUGUCCCGCCACCCCCCUCAGAAGAGCAAAAGAAGAAAAUUGCAAAGAUGGCUGCCAUAGGAGAACAGAAACGCCUUAAAAGCAAGAAGGUGCUUUCAGAUAAGAAAGCCUUUAGGAGAAGUAAAAACAGCUGGGACUAAUACGUUGUUGUCCAGAAUUUCAGACUGUUUCAUCAUUUUAGGUGCAGGAGCACAAUCCUCUUAUACUACCAUAUUGGAUACACACAUUAUAUAAGUGGUUGAAUCGGUUAUAACCAUGAAUUCGAGGUGUAUAAGCCCAACAAGCAACCAUCGCGCUGGAGGGACCUCAAAGGUGGUUUGUAGCAGCUGCCUAUUGGUAGUUAGCCAAAAUUGUGAUGUUGUUAGGAUUUAAACGGAUACGAUCUUUUCAAAUAGAAAUGUCAUAUAUUGGUUGAAUCUUAUGUUUUCUUUGUUAACUUAUCCCCUUUUACUGA